UUGGGGAGCGUGAACUCUUGCCCAUCGGAUUUGAUAACGAAGGUCAUGGACAAUUGAUUUUCACGGGUGACGUCACUAAAGUUGAAGGACAAAAGAUUUCGAUAUUCAAAGAUCAAGUGAGUGAUGAAAAACUUGAUUUUCCCAAUUCAAACCAACCCGAUGAUCAAAUGGCCACAUUAUUAACGAUUCCAUUUAUCCAAUUUGAAAUUACGGGUCUUAAAAAACGAAAUAAUCAAUUGCGCAAUUG